AUGUCGUACCGGCAGGUCCACAACCCCUUUAGAAUUCGGUCAGCCAUGACAAACGGCUUGCCUUUAGAGGUAGACGCAAGGUGUCCGAACGUGUCUCCCCGGGUGGCCAGGCAGGAGGAAUGCAAAUAUGAAGUCAAACGCUCCAUUGGAAUGAUUCUUGAUACAACCGCCUCUCUGGGAAACAGCAAAGCUGAAAUACAUAUGUCCCGGUGCGGUCCCAUGAAGCAUCUCUGA